AAUCGUGCUAUAUCGCGUUUCUUGUUUACUCUUGUUUCAUUCAAUGUAUUGGCACGCGACACGGCUUAUCUCAAUGAGAUCUAUCACACGUACGAGUACCAUUUCAUAGAAAUCAUGCCGACAUCGAUAGAAAGGCACGCUCGAGACGUGUCUCUCAAGGUUCUCCCCCGUGCUGAUAUCCCGUGAUUAUUCAGUGACUGCUGCCGACGUUGCGGAACGCACAGGUGGAUCGCUCGCGAUCACUUUCCGUUACGAAAGAUGCGCGGUUUCUCCCGCAUCGCCUAUGAGGAAUGUCAGAUUUUCACGGUCGUUGCAUUCAAGUAACGCGUGCGCAGGCAAACGAGACAUUGUGGACUUUGUCUUCGAUUCAAUCGUUGCGGUCGCGUCGACCGUUUGCCUUCAAGUCAAUCGUUUUGGCCUAAAUCUCAGCCUAAUACACGAAAAAGAGGCCUGUUUCGCCUAACAUCUCGCAGAUCGACGCACUGCCGAACGUAACGAGAUGGCGGAUGAUUCGAGCGUACGCGUCGCCGUACGAAUAAGGCCUCAAGUAGCUCGCGAGGUGAUAGAUAUGUGCAGAAUUUGUACCCAAGUACCUCAAGGGGAACCACAGGUUUUCCUCGGGCCUGAUAAGGCUUUUACAUACGAUUAUGUUUUUGACACUCAGUCAGAUCAGAAUACAAUUUAUGAGACAUGUGUGAACCGUCUAGUGGAGGGUGCUUUGGAUGGAUACAACGCAACAGUUCUUGCCUACGGACAGACUGGCUCAGGCAAAACUUACACUAUGGGCACUGGUUUCGAUGUAGAAGUUGAUGAAACUAUAGUUGGAAUCAUACCCAGAGCUAUCAACCAUCUUUUCAAUGGAAUAGCAGAUAAACAGGAACGUGCAAGGGAACGUGCACAGAUGCCUCCAGAAUUUAAGGUCACAGCGCAAUUUUUAGAAUUAUAUAACGAAGAUUUAAAAGAUCUGUUGGAACCAGGAGGGCCAAGAGGAGGCGCCCGUAUUCACGAAGAUACAACGGGCAAUAUACACUUAGCCGGAGUGGAACCGCGUGUCGUAACUAGCCCUGAACAAGCAUUGGAGUAUCUUCGAUUGGGUGCGUUAUCACGCACAACAGGAUCUACGCAAAUGAAUACGCAAUCCUCAAGAUCGCACGCUAUAUUUACGUUAUACAUCAAACAACAAAGAUGCAUCAAAGUCGAGGAUCCGGACGCGGAUGUCGACACGAGCGGUACCGAAUUGCCGAACGAAUUCGAAGUGUUAACUGCGAAGUUUCAUUUCGUCGACUUGGCCGGUUCGGAAAGAUUAAAGAGAACGGGCGCUACCGGAGACAGAGCGAAAGAGGGCAUUUCUAUAAACUGUGGAUUGUUGGCAUUAGGUAAUGUCAUUUCUGCUCUGGGUGACAAAACGAAGAAAGCCUUGCAUAUACCGUACAGAGAUUCGAAGUUGACCAGAUUACUCCAAGAUUCUCUUGGAGGAAAUAGUCAAACUGUCAUGAUAGCGUGCGUAUCACCAAGUGAUAGAGAUUUUAUGGAAACACUAAGCACUUUAAAAUACGCGAACCGAGCGAGAAACAUAAAGAACAAAGUUACUAUUAAUCAGGAUAAGAGCUCGAGAACGAUCGCUUCGCUUCGUCGUGAAAUUCAGCAGCUUCAAUUAGAAUUGUUAGAGUAUAGACAAGGCAAGAGGGUCGUCGGUGAAGACGGUGUUAACGACGCGUGGCACGAAAAUCAAAUGUUAAACAGCGAAUUGCAAAGUCUUCGGACUAGGGUGAAAGCACUUUCGGAAACGGUGGAGGCAUUAACCGCUAAGAAUGUUCUUUUGCUAGCGGAGAAAGCAGCAGGUCACUGGAUGGCAGCGUCGAGCGGAGGUGACGAGCAGGUGACUAGUUUGGUGCAGGGCUAUGUUCAAGAGAUAGAAGAGCUAAGGGCUCGUUUAUUGGAAGCGGAAGCUAUGUAUCAGCAAUUAAAAAAGAGGCAGAUGCAGGUUAAUGCGGCGAAUCCAUACGGAGAUAGUUCAUUUCAUUCUGACUCCGCAACCGUAUUGGUCGAUGCUAAGAAGGAUCUCGAGAAAGAAAUUGAAACGUGGAAAGCCUUGAAGGAACAGUACGGCCAGAGUAACGUUAGUGUUAAGGCAGUGGACGAAGGAGAAAUCGACGAUACGGAAAAUGCGCAGGAUUCUGUAAGCGAAGAUGAUUCCGAUGACGAUUCCGAUCGUAAAGAUUUCAAGACGCGAGAAGAAGACGAAGAGGAAGCAGCCAUGGGUCGUGAAUUGGAAGCGUUAACGUCCGAUAUUGAUGUCAAGCAACGCUUAAUACAAGAGCUCGAACUCUCUCAAAGACGUUUGCAAACUAUGAAGCAACAUUAUGAGGAUAAGCUGGCACAAUUGCAAGCUCGCAUCAGAGAUACGCAAGAGGAAAGAGAUAAAGUAUUGAUGUCUUUGCAACAACAACCCGCACCGCCUACCGAGAAAGUGAAGAAAUUGCGCGACGAAUACGAGAAGAAGCUUUCUAAUAUGCAGAAAGAGAUGCGACUUCUGCAAUCUGCUAAAAAGGAGCACGCGAGAUUAUUGAAGAAUCAGUCACAGAGUGAAAAUAGAUUGAGAGGCCUGAGGAACGAGCUUUCGGAGAUGAAGAGAGCGAAAGUGAAACUUCUUAAUAAAAUGCGAGAAGAAGCACAACGACACAAGGAAAAUGAGCUAAGACGUAAUCGAGAAAUAGCACAAUUACGUAAGGAAAGUCGCAGAAAUGCAAAUGUGAUCAGAACUCUGGAAGCCGACAAGAGGAUGAAGGAAGUUGUGCUCAGACGUAAGCAAGAGGAGGUAACGGCACUACGAAGAAGAGACAGAGGCUUGAGUCAGAAAGCCGCUGGUCGCACACCGGCUAAACCGAUUAAUCCCAAGGCACUAAAGCAAAGGUGGCAGACGUUCGAGAGGACGAUCGCUAAGCAAGCACUGGCGAAACAAGCCGCCGCAGAAACAGAAAGAGAAAUGGAAAGAUUGCUUCAAGAAAGGGAAGAAUUGGGAAGAGAUCUGGAGAAGCUUCAGAAGCAUAGGAACGUUAUUGCCAAUUCCAGAGGCGACACCACGGACAUUGACGAAGAGAUCGAUAAUGUGAAGAGUAAAAUCAGUUAUUUACAGGACAGUAUUUCAGAGUGCCAACGGGACAUGGUUGAGAUGGGCGAUGGUGAAGCGGAAGGUGAACCCGGUGUUGAAGCGCUCAUCUCCACCAUUCGAACAGUGGAUGAGGCGCAGUACUUAUUGCAACGGAUGCUCGCAUUUACCGUGGAGCAGAGCUGCGUGGCCGCACAAAAGCAGCUCGAAGUACGAGAUAUGGAGUCACGGCUCAAUCAAGUUGCACAAGAAAGCGACGUACAGCAUCAGUUGCUGGAGCACGUAUUACGCGACAGAGACCUUUUAUCGCUCACGAACAAUCAUAAUAAUGCAUUAGCUUACAGCCCAGCCAGUUCAAGAAGCUCCUCUCCUGAUAACGAAAGUUAUGGCCAAAUUAUACUCGGUGAAGAGAAACAGCGUAAUAGUAAGGUCAGAAGAAGAACGACGCAACCGCAAGAACUUCUUUACGGUAUACACGCUAGUCCAGAAAAUCUAAAAGCGGACGAUCAGAAUCAAAAUCAUAACCAUCCUCUUACAAGGGUUCCUAGUGCACCAGGUAGCCUGAAAGGUCUGGUAUUAACGAGGAAUCAAUACGGUGGCACUGUGACUGGUGGAUCGCCAACUUUGACUCGUCGCGACAGUACAUCACCCAGAGCUCUGCGACGACCAAUACAUCCAGGUGGAGGCUCCAUGGAGCAGGUAGCGCACACGGAUAUAUCGUCACCUCCUGGAUCUCCAACUACCUACAGGCGGUUCAAUAGCCGCGAAGAAAACGUUUUUUCGAGACUAACCGCGAGUAGACAACCGAUCGCGUCUGAACCACAGCCAAUGAAAGGAAUUAUCUCGCAGUAUCAGGGCAAGGCGCAACCACGGGCCAUUUUACAGUGUUCCCACAUAGCCGAAGGACACAGCAAAGCCGUCCUUACCGUGUGUGUAACGACGGAUUUACUCUUUAGCGGUUCGAAAGAUCGUACUGUGAAAGUGUGGGACUUGGAGACAGGAAUCGAGAGUCUGACUCUGAGUGGUCAUCCCAAUAACGUCGUUGCCGUCAGAUAUUCUGCCGUUAAUCAGCUCCUGUUCAGCGUAUCCGCGGCGUACGUUAAAGUCUGGGAUCUGAGAGCCGGUAACAACUGUAUAAAGACGUUACUUUCCUCCGGUCAGACUCAAAGCGGCCCCAUCGCAUUGUCGACUCCGUCUAGAACGCUUCAACUACCCGUGGGCGAAACGACGAUCAACGAUCUGGUGCUCAGUUUAGAUGAACAGGAGUUGUACACGGCGUCCAGCGAUAAAGUGAGAAUAUGGGAUUUACGUAAACUGACUUAUACCGGUAGAUUAAGCACGCCGCAUACAGCGGCGGUCAUGUGCCUGACCGUCGCCGAAGACGGUCGAGUGAUAGCCGGCAGUAAGGAUCAUCUGAUAUCGCUCGCUGAGGCAAAUGCGUCCGGGCCGUCUGUUAGUUUAGCGCCGCCACACUAUGACGGAGUGGAAUGUCUCGCUACAAUCGGUUCUACGCUAUUUUCCGGCUCUAGAGAUAUGUGUAUCAAGCGAUGGGAUCUGAAUAAAAUGGAACUAGUUCAAUCUCUAAAUAACGCGCACAAGGACUGGAUUUUGGGAUUGUGCACAGUAAAUAACGGUUCCGUCAUGGUCUCCGGAUGUCGCGGUGGUGUGUUGAAGGCAUGGUCCGUUCCUAAGGAUCAUUCGGGGGAAUGCACGCCCAUCGGCGAAGUGCGGGCGCAUGCCUCCGCCAUCAACGCCGUCGCAACCAAUCAGCAGCACAUAUUCACAGCAAGCAAUGACGGAACUGUGAGAUUGUGGAACUACAGUAAACGAGAAGCAAGGACCUUCCAGAGGAGCAACUCGCUGAAAAGCUAAUGCCUAUGUAUCGUAUGCUACGUGAUAAAUUGUGUUAUUUAACUUUCAAUUAUAUAUGGUUUUAACUUAAUCUAAAUGAUAAUGCACCUGAUCCAUCCACUAUUAGUUUCGUAUUGUAUAUUAAUAUUUUAGUAUUAUUGGGGAUAUAUACUUGCUAAAGCGGUUUUAUAUCGGUUGACUCUAUGUCGUGAAAAAAAUAGAUAUUAAAAGAUAUGAUAGCGAUAAAACGUACAGAGCAAAUAUGUCUGUUAUUUAGCAAAGUGAUUGAAUUACAAAUGUUAAAGCAGCUUGACUGGAGUAGGAAUUACGUGCAUUAUCAUAAAACGCCUAAAUGCAGAAUUUGGAUAAGAUUUUAUCCAAAAGAAAGAAAAACUAUGUUAUCUAAUAUUUAUUUUAUUAUUAACAUAAAGAUAAUUAUAAUAUUUAUUCUUACAAACAAUAAGUAUGUAAGGUGAUUAAUACUGUACAGUUUGAGGUCAUUGUAGGUUCCAAAUACUGGAUAUUGUCAGGGUUGGCUGUUAGUCAAUUUUCUUCUGAAAAUUUUAACAGUAUUAUGCGCCUUAAUUAUGUUCAUAAUUGCUACGACAAAUAAAUCAGUUGUAUACGAAAAAAAAGUA